UGCUGGAUUCCAAUUUGGGUAUUUUCGAUUUGUGGAUAUCAUCCGAGCUAUCGCCACCAGCUUCGAUAAUAGGACUGCGUGGUCUUUUGGGCAAGUCUGCGGCUUGCAAUGGAGCGAUCGGCAUAUUCACACCGUCAGAGGCCGAAAGCGACAUGUUUAUUAAAUUCGAAAAUUGUACAAAUUAACAAUUGAUUAGCUAAUUUUUUUCCAACCCAGAUCGCCAAUGUGGCAUAUCUGCUUUUAUGUUAGCUACAUCUUGCUUGGCGCACAGACAUCGGCUACGUGGAGUGAUCGAAAGGCGCUGCGAGUUCAGGGGAGUGGCAAAACACGUAUAUUGGCCAGCUACCAAUGCAGUCUAUUAGUCCUCAAUGUGGAUCCAGCCAAGCCAGAUCACACAAUCGCGGGAUCGGCUACUGUGUCUCUAUACACAGAGACCUGGCGCCCCUCCUGAAAGAUGCCACCCUCGUGUGUCUCUACAUCCUUGCACCGCCAAAACCGGAAAAAGGCCUAGCCGGGUAAAGUAGUUUUUUUCAUUAUAUUUUUAUAAGAUCGGCCGUAAUGAGACCAAAGCACAAACCAGCUAUUCCGCCACUCCCUCGGUUGAAGGUCCGCUCAUCUGGCAAGAAAGGUGUUGGAGCAGGAAAGUGCGCCGUGGUGAUGUCUCAGAUGCUGAACUGCUGGGCCGCCAACGGUGAAGGUGCCGCAGCUUGCAAAGAACUUGAACAGCAGCUCAGAGAAUGCAUGUAUUCCAAGAAAACCGUCACCAGCAAGUCCAGUCCAAUGAUCAACUUCCAUGCCUCUCGUCUGUUACCUAAAAUUCACCGCAAGGCUGACGAUUAAAGACACAACCACAAGUUCGCUGUAUAUAAAGGAUCUACGGAUUGACUACUGUGGAGCGCAUAUAAUUAAAAGUCAUUUCUUCAA